GUCACUCAAUAUUCCAAAAAAGUACCUAUCGAAAAUUACAGGAACGAAGGACGUUACCCACUUCCGGAUUCUUCUUCCCAGUCAGACAGUGCCCUGCUUUCUGCUGUUUGCUUUUUCUAGCAAUUCCUAUUUCUAGAUCCCAGUUUUUCUUUUUCUUUUUAUUUUCCUUGCUCUAAUUGUUUUUGUUGUUUUAGUUUAAUUAUCCAUGUGAAGUCGUGCAUGUUAGCGUGUCUGCUACUCACCCUUCAAAAAGGAGUGGGAAUCAUGCUUUAUUGAGUUAAAAAGCAAUCCAAACAAUCCCUAAUUCAACUUUCAGAUAGCCAAUUUCUCUCUCUCUCUCUCAGGAUUUCUCUACCCUUCUUCUUUAAAAGCCAUUGGGGUUAGAGCAGAGGAUUUGAUAGUCAGCAAAAUCUUUAUUGAAGAUAUAAAUGGCAACGCUAGGGGAUAUAGGGGUUUCAGCGGCUAUAAAUCUUCUAACUGCUUUCAUUUUCCUUUUAGCAUUCGCAUUUUUAAGGCUACAACCCUUCAAUGAUAGAGUUUACUUUCCAAAAUGGUAUCUUAGUGGCUUAAGAAGUAGUCCCACCCACUCAGGAGCUUUUGUGCGAAGGUUUGUCAAUUUAGACUUUAGAUCGUAUCUGAGAUUUCUAAAUUGGAUGCCAGAAGCAAUCAGAAUGCCAGAGCCUGAGCUAAUUGAGCAUGCAGGGUUGGAUUCUGCCGUUUACUUGCGCAUUUACUUGAUAGGGCUUAAGAUUUUUGUUCCUAUCACAUUUCUUGCUUGGGCUAUUCUGGUUCCAGUAAAUUGGACAAAUAGCACUUUGGAGCUAGCAAAGUUGUCUAACGUGACUUCCAGUGACAUUGACAAGCUUUCAAUAUCAAAUGUCCCACUCAAAUCGCAAAGAUUUUGGGCACAUAUAGUUAUGGCUUAUGUCUUUACUUUUUGGACAUGCUAUGUGUUAAUGAAGGAGUAUGAGAAAGUUGCUACAAUGCGCUUGCAGUUUCUUGCAUCAGAAAGUCGUCGUCCAGAUCAAUUUACAGUCCUUGUUAGGAAUGUGCCACCAGAUCCUGAUGAAUCUGUUAGUGAGCUUGUGGAGCACUUUUUUCUGGUCAAUCAUCCAGAUCACUAUCUUACUCAUCAGUCGGUAUACAAUUCAAACAAACUAGCCAAAUUGGUGAAGAAGAAGAAAAGUAUGCAGAACUGGCUUGACUACUACCAACUUAAGUAUUCUAGAAAUCAAUCACAGAGGCCUAUGAUGAAGACUGGUUUUCUUGGGCUUUGGGGGCAAAAGGUGGAUGCAAUUGAUCAUUACAUCUCUGAGAUUGAGAAACUAUCAAAAGAAAUAGCUGAAGAGAGGGAAAAAGUUGAAACGGAUCCAAAGUCUAUCUUGCCAGCAGCAUUUGUUUCUUUCAGAAGUCGAUGGGCUGCAGCUGUUUGUGCACAAACUCAACAAUCAAGAAAUCCAACUUUGUGGUUAACAGAGUGGGCCCCAGAGCCACGUGAUGUAUAUUGGAAUAACCUAGCAAUACCAUAUGUUUCACUUGCAAUUAGGAGGUUGAUAAUGAAUGUCACAUUCUUUUUCCUUACCUUCUUUUUCAUGAUCCCAAUUGCAUUUGUGCAAGCUCUUGCAAGUAUUGAAGGAAUUGAGAAAAGAGCUUCUUUUCUGAAGCCCAUUAUCGAAAUAAAAUUUAUCAAAUCAGUUAUACAAGGUCUUCUACCUGGCAUUGCAUUGAAGCUUUUUCUGAUCUUCCUGCCAACAAUAUUAAUGAUCAUGUCUAAAUUUGAAGGUUUCACGUCUCUGUCAUCUUUAGAAAGGAGAUCAGCUGCACGAUAUUAUUUUUUCAAUAUUGUGAACGUAUUCCUUGGGAGCAUAAUCACUGGAACUGCAUUUGAACAACUCAAUUCUUUUAUAAAGCAGUCUGCUAGCGAAAUUCCUAAAACAAUCGGUGUGGCUAUUCCAAUGAAAGCAACUUUCUUCAUAACGUACAUAAUGGUUGAUGGAUGGUCUGGAAUAGCAGGAGAAGUUUUAAUGUUGAAACCACUAAUAAUAUUCCACCUGAAGAAUUUCUUCCUGGUUAAGACUGAAAAGGAUAGGGAAGAGGCAAUGGAUCCAGGAAGCAUUGGUUUCAACACUGGAGAACCUCGUAUACAAUUCUAUUUUCUGUUAGGUCUUGUAUAUGCGACAGUGACACCAGUUCUCCUUCCAUUCAUAAUAAUUUUCUUUGCCUUUGCAUAUGUCGUGUUUCGUCAUCAGAUUAUAAAUGUUUACAACCAAGAGUACGAGAGCGGUGCAGCAUUUUGGCCUGAUGUUCAUGGGCGUGUUAUCAUUGCAUUGAUAAUCUCACAGGUGCUUAUGAUUGGACUGUUGAGUACAAAGGAAGCUGCUCAGUCGACACCAUUUCUCAUUGCCCUGCCAGUACUCACUAUAUGGUUUAAUAGUUUCUGCAGAGGCCGCUAUGAACCUGCAUUUAAAAGAUAUCCAUUACAGGAAGCAAUGAUGAAAGAUACCCUGGAACGUGCAAGGGAGCCAAACCUGAAUUUGAAAGCCUAUCUCCAAAAUGCAUAUAUGCAUCCAGUUUUCAAAGGUGAUGAUGACGAGGAAGAUGAAGAUAUAAGUGAAAAAUUGGAGAUUGAGAGUGUGCUAGUCCCUACAAAACGCCAAUCGCGAAGAAAUACGCCUGUGCCUAGCAGAAUUAGUGGUGCAUCUUCACCAUCAUCUUUGACAGAUGUUAUUAAGGAACAUCCAGAGCCUUGAAAACUCCUACGCAUGAGCCUUUAAAUCUCACUAUACAUUGCAGAUUACUAGGCCAGAGUAGCGACAUUGUAGAAUAAAGGAAGGAGAAAGAAAAGAGGCCAAGUUACAAUCAUUCAAAUAUACCAACAAGAAAUGACAGGCUCUGGAUUGUGGUAAAUUGACAUCUACUCAAGGAUGGAUGUAGAUAUUUUGAGUGUAUGAUAAAAAGUAGAUUUUUUGUGGGCAUUUCUCAUAUUGCUUUGUAUUGUUACCAUUGGAAAAAGAACAUCUGUAUACAAUUUUAUUUUUAUUCAAUAGUAUCAAUGAACUAAUUUUAUUAAUUA